CCCAAAUCCAAUGGAAAUAAGAACCAAAAAUUCCAAAAAAGUAUUGUACACUAAAACAAGAAGGCUUUCAGAAAGAGAUAGAGAAAAUCACUUUGAGAGAGAGAAAAAGCUUAGGCCCUCAAAAAUGUCAGAAGAGCAAAUCAAAGUUUAGAGAAACACAAUUGGAAGUGGAAGAACAUUUUUGCUUUUUCUUGCUUUGGAUUUGGAUAAUCCAUAUUCCAAUUUUUUUUCCCAGAUGAAUCCGAGCAAAAUUGAAGAAGAUCUCUUCCAUCACCACCGUCUACACGACGAUCUCGACCCACUUACGACCCAGAUCAUUGAAUCUCAGCCGUCCAUUCCCAAUUCACACCAUGCCGAACCACCGUUCUCUUUGCCGGAAAUCGUGCUCUUCCGGUCGCCGUCUCCGUCGUCACCAAGUCACUCGUCUUCUGACGAUUCACCGACUCACUCCACUCGGUUGAGUCAACUCGUUCAGAACCCUACAUCGACUUCGCAAAAUCUCCAUGAACCACCUCUCUAUAUCUCGCCGGAGCCUCACAUAUCUGCUCAGUUUUACACCUUUAAUCCCGAGUCGCACUCGUUGAUGAUUCGUUGCAUUCUUGAGAACCGCCUUGCGACGCCGAGUGAGAUACGCGCCGCCACAUCACGGUCCGUUCUCAAGUCAUGGAGAACCGUGUGGAAGGACCGGAACGAGGAUACUGCGUAUCUGACGGCGUGGAAGAGAAUUCAGGAUAAGCUCACAGCGACGGUCGACGAAAACGGUAACGAAUUUCUCUGUUUCAAGAACAAUACUCAGCAAUUCGUUUCGCAUAUUAGUCAAUGGCAGGACAUUGUUACGAGUUUUCAUGGAGAUACGGAUUUGAAACAUUUAGGGUUGAAGGAAACUAUAGAGAGAAUUAAGCAGGUUUGGACUGUAGGCGCUAAAUUUUAUGGGAUUCCUGAGAGUUACAUUAGGGUUUGUGUUGCUGCUUGUCCUGUUUGUAAUUCAGCGUCCUCGGCAUCAGGGUCGAGGAGCAAACGACGGAGGUUUGAGUAUACGGACACUCUUGAGGUGCCUGCUAAGGAAGUGCCCCACAAGCUUCAGCAAUUGGCUGCUAAACAUAAGGUGGUGCUUUGUAUCAGGCAGAAGUAUAUUAGGUAUAAGCCUUUCAUGGCGGAGGUUAAGGAUUAUGCUUGUCAUAGGGCAGGGGAACCUGCUACAAAGAAAUCGAAGAUUUUGAAAAGGGAGCCAUAUGCGUCAAAGAGAUGUGGGUGUGGAUUUCGUAUCCGGGCUAUUGUACCAAUUACAAAUUACAACGAGAAGGAUAAGACAUUUGUGUAUCAGGAUGAGGGUGUGGCUGUAUUUAAGUUGUAUGCUGUGCAUUCAGGGCAUGAACCUGGGCCACUGGAUGGAAAUGCGAGAAUUAUGCAUCGUGUGAUCGGACACAAAGGUGGCCUGUUAAUGGAUCACGAGACAGUGUAUGGGGUGAAUGAUGAAAUGGAAAAUGAAGAAUUUCGACUGAUGGGGAAGGAUGAAGGAGAUUUGCAGCUUUCAAUCUUGCAGCAGUUGCAUGAGGUGAGAAAUGAGCUUGACCUGUUAGAGGGGAAACUUGCGAAGGUUCCACAUGAGCUAUUGGGUUCAGUGUCUCGUGAUUUGUUCGAUGUUUUAAGUAGACUUAGGAGUACAAGGGAGGAGAAAUUGGACCCAAUUGAGCUGCUUGCAGAUAAGCAUCAUUCAGAUGAUGUUUUAGAUGGGGAUAAUGAUUUGGCUCAUUGGAGCAAUCAUCAUCAUGAACGUUUAUAUGGGGAUGCCAAAGACAGUGAAUUGAUUGAGGAUGAUGUAGACAGUUUUGGUCAUUCCCUUCGAGAUGUUGUUCCUUGGGAGGACCAUAUGAGGGCAGACUGUAGAAAUCAGAAAGAACUGACGAGGGAGCCUUGCAAACCCGAAAGAUGGUUUAAAUGCACUGACUUUAAUGAUAAAAGCCUUCUUGGCUGUGAGGAUACAAAACUAAUUAAGCCCAUGAGACAUGAUGAGAGCAUGGUGGCAGAUGUAGGUCUUGUCGGCAUACAUGUUGACGGAUUCUACCCAGAGAACCCUAAAUGGUAUGACUCUCCUUGUGAUCUAGACUCUAAUGCAGACUGUGGAGAUACUGGAUUCAAGCACGGGGAGAUUGUAUAAGCUCUCGAAGGGCCACGUGAUCUUCUGUAGUAUAGUCUCAAGCUUCCAAUUCUCUCACUUGCACAUCCCCAGUACUGGAAUCAGGAUGGGGGGCUGUAAAUUAUGUAUACAGGAGAUUGAAGCCUCAAGUGAGCAAUUUGGCAUCCUUGUUCAAUGUAUUUUUUGUAAAGUUUGGCUAACUGACUACUCUAUACAGACUCUACUCAACAGUAUUCGUUACCGUGGUCUGGGCCUUCAAUUUUUUUUGAUACCACUGACCAUUCCUAUCCAAUCUUGUUCCAUUACUUAUUCAGAUACAUGGAGAUUUUUGUUCUCUUUCUUUUCUCUUUUAGCUCUUCUAUAUAUGGUUUGCGUCA